AUGGAUAAACUUAGUAAAUCACUUGAAGUUUUAAAAUUACUUUCAACAACAACAUCAGAAACAUUAGUAGCAAAUAAUGAAAAAUCUCGAUUCGAUCCAACAUCAAUAAGUAAAGAAAAAAUUCAUCAUUUAAAUAAUAUAACUGAAUUACUUUGUUCAUCAUCAUUGAUUAAAAGUAACAAUGAGAAUUAUUUUAAAUUACUUACAGCUAGUGUGGAAACAUUAUUUACAACAUGUGAUGAAAAUGAUUAUGACGUACGAUUAGCUGCUGAAGAAAAUCUUAAUAAACUUGUUAAAAAUUUAAAAGAAGCAAAUUUAACAAGAAUUCAAGUUGAAUUACAUCGAAUUAUAAAACGUAAUCCAAAUGUUGGACCAAGAGCUUUAAAAGGUGCUCUAUGGCGAUUUGCUGAAUUAGCAAGUGUAAUACAUCCAAAAAAGAUUCGACCAUUUUUUGAACAUUUAUCAGCAGCAUUUUAUUCAAUAGCUGCUCGUCCAGAAGAUAUUGUUCAUGAAAAAUUAUC